AUGCAGCUUGACUUCUUUCGUUUUGUAGCUCAUGGUCGAACCUGCGCAACACUUUUCCGCAAAGCUGAUGGUUUUAUGCGUCAUGUGAUGCGUUGUGAUAGUAGCCGAGCAGCAGACAUGGAUGCGGAAUUGAAUGGCCGAUCACAGCUCAUUCCUCCUCCAGUCAGAACCAUGACGGCUCCCAAAGCCGCGCGACCCGUGAAAAAGCCAGUAAUGGUAGACGCAUCUGUGGCAGUCCCAACGAAAAUCGCUUCCUCAACGAUUGCUCAGGAGCUAAAGAAGGUUCCUAGUGCUCAGGAAUUGAAGAAGAUACCCAGCGUAAAGAGACUUGGACGACCACCAAAUGCAGAUAAAAUUGCCGCCAAGCUUGCAGUUGCAAAGAAUGAUAUAACUGACACUACCUCAACUCCGCCUGUGGUCGCUGUUGCUAGUGAUAACGAACCCAAAGUUUUGCCUGCUUCGCGCGCUCCAAAAAGAGCUUACAACAGGAAGUCGACAACUCCACAAAAGGUACUGAAAGUUGAAAAUAACGUGGAUAACACCAAUAUCAUCAGCGAGUUGUCCAAGCCGAUGUCAUUGAGCGAUAUUGAUCUUAGCGGAGAAGUCCGUCCGUCUAGAGUGCGUAAAACGCCGAAAUGGUUGGAGGACAAUGCCUUCGCCUAUUAA